UGGGGCGGGCCAGGGUGCCCGGCCGCGGAGGUCGCCGGGUCGCGCAGCCCUGCUCUCCCGGGCUCGGAGGCUGCAGAGGUGGCGGCAGUUGGUAAGGCACAGGUGCAAACCAGAGGUGACGAGGGGCACAGCUGCCUUCACCGGUGCCGCCGAGGGCCUAACCCUUCCAACCCGCAGGCCCAUAUGAUGCCCAGGGUCAAGCUGUCCUGAGACACCAGUCAAGCCAUCUGCCUGUCCCCGACGCCUGCCCAGUCGCCAGCACCACCACCAUGGAGUCCAGGGCGAAGUUGGCCAGCAGUCCCAAGCCAGACACCAAGGUGUCUCAGGCCACUGCCGAGGCCAAGGCCAUUCCAGCUGCCGAUGGAAAAGUCCCUUCAACCAAGGCUGGAAAAAAGGAGGCCCAAGUGGAGAAGCAGGAGCAGCCCACAACCCCCGCCUCUGCCAAGAAGACCACAGCCAAGGCUGACCCUGCCCUUCUCAACAACCAUAGCAACCUGAAGCCGGCUCCUUCGGCUCCCGCUGUCCCCAGCAGUCCUGAUGCAGCCCCAGAGCCCAAAGGUCCUGGGGAUGGGGCGGAGGAGGACGAGUCCACCACCAAGUGCUCAGGGGGCAAAGGUCCUUGGCCCUGCGAGAACUUGACACCCCUGCUGGUAGCUGGGGGUGUAGCUGUGGCAGCAGUGGCCCUGAUUCUUGGUGUGGCCUUCCUGGCUCGGAAGAAAUGAUACCUAGAUGAUUGGUGUCCAGGGGGGCACAGAGCCAUUUUCUGUACAGACCUGGGAGCUAGUGCAUGCGAGUUUACAGUACCUAUCUAUAUCUACAUAAUACAUCAUAUACAUAUAUGUAUACCCUCUCUAUGUACACAGCGGGAAAGACACAGCAAGCCGCCUCUGCUCACCCCAGCAUAGUCUCCGCCACGCUCUGAGGCAGAAGCCUGGGCUCUGGGGCUUACAGAACAGGGCAGAGGUCCUGCUGGGCAGGCCAGGCAGUGGACACAGUGAGGAAGGACAGAAUAGAUCCUGUGUGCAGCUACCUGGUCUCUGAAGGAGCAGAGUCGGGGUGGGCAGCAGGUCCCUAAAGUUUGUAUUCCUAAUCCUGGUCUGGGCUUGACACAGAAAGACUGCCCUGAGGUGAGCAGUCCCUCUUCAGUGCCACCUCCACAACUGCCUGCUGUAACUAGGAGGAGAGACAGCUUGGUACUGUCUUAGCAGGGGCUCCCGGAAGUUCCCUUUUUCUAGCUUGUGCCCAGUGAAGGCCAUGCAACUAGGGCCACGCUGCAUUUCCUGGGCAGUGCUGACAGCCUGGGAGGGAGCCAGGUAUCCAAGGAGGCUCUCAUCACCCAGCUGUGCCUGCCAAUGCCCCCUUAGAGUGGGCCCUCCUGCCUGCACCCUGCGACCCCGUCUAACAAGCGUAUAAAUGCAAUAACACAGGUAGAGUAGAACUGCUUGGUGGGUGGCAGUCACCCACCACCCACUUCCUGCAGUAAGACUGCUGCACAGCCCUCCGCACACAUGGCCCUGGCCUGCCCUGGCAUGGUGGCAGCAGGCAGGCUUCCCAAAGUGGUGGUGGUAGCCAUUGUGGGAAUCAUGUCCUCACCUGGCUAGCACCACAGGAACUGGGCCUGGGCAGAGGCUAAGUUGGAAAUAAACUCUGUUGUCUAAAGGC